AUGCGCGGGCUCCACGCCAUCUUCACCAACAUGUUCGCCGGCCAGGGCCUCGUUCGCGCGGCCGCCGCCACGACGCCCGGCAUGGUCAUCCCCACCGCGCCCGGCCCGGGCGACGUCUUCAAGCAGGGCGGCGACUGCACGCUCUCGUGGACGCCCGACCCGUCCGGCACCUGGAAGCAGACGGACGUCGAGCUCAUGACGGGCGACAACUUCAACAUGGUGUUCAUCACGACGAUCACGUCGUUUGACGGCACGGACGCGUCGAAGACGACGUUCAGUUACCCCUGUCCCGAAGUCACGCCGAACUCCGCGAUCUACUUCUACCAGUUCAGCUCCCCCGCGGUGCCCGACCGCCAGUGGACGACGCGCUUCACGAUCGCGGACGCCUCGGGCGCCACGACCCCGCCCACGAACGCGACGCAGCCGGGCGGCGCGGCGAUCCCGUGGGGCACUGGGGCACUCGCGGACCCGUCCAAGGUGGUCGCCGCGCCCAGCUACCUCGGCAUCCCCAGCGCCCCCGGGGCGAGCGGGAGCGGGACUGUGAGUGUCACCGCGAGCGUUACCGCGAACUCGACCGCGAGCGCGAGUGCGAGCGCGUCGGCCUCUUCGGGGAGCGGCGCGGCGUCUAUGACGGCAUCGGUGGGCAGCUCCAGCGUGGUGACGACGACGCAAGGAUCGACGACCACGGCUGCGAUCACGCAGACGAGCACGGUGUCGACUGUGCCUGCGGCGCCGACGAGCAGCAGCGCAGGGAACGGCACCAGCGGCAGUGGGCAGAACGGCGCGGUCGGUGUGCGCGCGAGGCUUGGGCCUGCUGUGCUCGCGUUGGUUCUGGCGGCGGUCGGGUUCGCCGUGGCGUUCUGA